GACGACAAGAGUAGAAAAGGUCGACACUACAGUCCGCUGCACAAUGAGACUCCUGAUAACAAGUGGGCGACAUUGCUCUUGAACACACUGGCAACAGAGGAAGGAAGGAGGCAGACAGGAAGACACACGGGAACAGCUACAGCCUUCUCUCGCUACUUUGGUUACAGCGGCCUUGUCUGAACACUUCUACCGGAAGUUCUUCUUGAUACUGAUGCUGCCUGGCCACGCGACACUGUCAAGAUGUAAACAGACUAAAGGAGAUGAAGAGAGAGAGAAGAAAGACACACCAGCAGGAGGGUGUGAGCUGGAGAAGGAGGGAGUGUGUGUACAUGUAUACAAGAAACAAAUGUCUGUGAAGUUGCCAACGCCUGUGUGUUACUGACUGUGAGUGUGUCUGUGAGUGUGUCUGUGUGUUCAAGGUGUCACUGCCAUGCCAGCCACUCCACUUUCUCACUGACCUCAAGACUCCACACCAUGCAGGGUCAAGGCCGGCCUCAGGAGGAAGCGGAAGUGAGGCUCUCGUGUGAGUGAGUUCAUGAAGGGCCGCCGUGACCCGUGUUGAGUGUCUUGACCUAUUACACAACAGUGGCCCUUGUCUUGCUAGCCACUUACAUCCCUUGUCACUGGCAUUGUGUUCAAGUGCAGGCGAGUCUGUAGACCACACGCUUCACAGUAAACGUCCGUAUGUUGCUGCUGGUGACGUCACAGCUGACAUCUAUCAUCUAGCACGUGAUGCAAUAACAACUUAAACACAACUACUCACCUUGAAUAUACUCUGGUCACACUUACAAACACAACUCAGUGUCAUGUCCGUGUCUGGCUAUUGAACUCACAGCUUUGUACUGAGAUAAUCAACACGUCCACCUGUGUCUACAACUCACUAAUUAUGACCUGAGUGGCUCCCCAUACACGAGGUCCUUGUUUUCUGCUCUGUUUCUAAGCAAUUAGCCGACAUUCUGCAAGUGGUGGCAGCCCCCAGAGAGUAUUUAAAUGAUGGAAACUCCAACUGAAACCUACUCUGAUGCCCACGUGCCAGUGUGUUUGUUGUCCACAGGUUGUACUGAAGGAUUUGUUACCAUUUACAGUCUUCGUGUGUUUUACAGGAGCAGCUGAGCCUCGCGAUGGGCGCCGUGUCUGUAACGGUUCUGACUGUGACACUGGCCUUCAGUCUGUACUCGAGGACAAACUCGUUGCCACAGCUGUCACACAGCCAGGAGGUGACUCACAAGUUGACUGAAGGCAAACAACGGUCGACACUCUUAAACAUAGUCUCACAAGAUUCUCAAGCUGACCAGAAGGUUCCAGAAUGCUCUGGUCAACAAAUCACUCAGGAUGCGUUUGUGGCUGACUAUCUGCUGCUCGGCUACAACAGCCUCAAGGGAAACCCUCUAAGGUCAGGUCGUGACCCCGGCUUCACCCUCCCCAUCUUUUCUACUGAGUACAACAGCGGUCACGUGACUCCAGACUGUCGCUCCAACGUACCGGAAGGUGUGAUUGUGUCAUCAGAUGUGUCAUGUGUCACAUCCUUCACCACCAAGGUGGUGGCGACGCCGUACGACCUGACCAAGCUGCUGACUGUCACCGCGCACGUUGGUGAUGUCGGGUGGGGGCCUUCAUUCUCGGCAAGUGACGACUUCAGGACCCUCUCCCACAAACUGCGAGACAACAUCUUGGUCGUCUCAACAGCCACGUGCAGUUCGUACCACGUGACACUUUCACCGCUAGAACCGCCGCCAUUUAGCUCGGUGUUUCUCCACUGGAUCCUCAAACUCACUGACACUGACGACGACGAUGUGUACCUGGAGUUCCUCCACACCUUCGGCACACACUUCGUGUCACGGGCCCGCUUCGGGGCGUCGUUAACUCUCGUGCACACCAUGAAGGACAGCGACUACCAGCGGCAAACACCGAGUCACGUGACGGCGGCCGCCACCUACUUCGCUGCUGCGCGACUUGGACACUCCCUGACCUUGACCCCUCAUCAGCAGCAAGCAGCGGACAAGUUUGCAAAUGAAGUGGAGACAACGACGAUCGCUGUUGGGUUCCUCCACCUGCUGACCUCACGAGUCUCACGUGGCUGACGUCAGUGAGGGAGAACCCUAUGGCCAUCAGUUAUGACCUGACCUCUGUGGAGAGCCUCUUUUCCGAUCCCUUGAUAGGUGAAGACAGUCGUCUACAGCGCUACGCCAUUGAUCACGUCAGGGUCAAGGCCAAGCUCGCGGCUAUGAAGGACAAAUAUUGUCAGAAGCUGAAGAGAGAGGGCCUGGUGCUGGACUGUGAAGACGUUGCGAGGGUAAAGCUGCUUCAAACAAAGCUCAUCGGGCGCUCGAGACUGAGACACGUGACCUCAGCUAACCAGUGUGUGGAGAAAUGUUAUCAACUUCCGGGCUGCGUGGCUGUCACGUAUUGUGCUGAGUGUGACAACAACGAGGUAGGAAACAAGGACUGUCACAUGUUCAGUGCUGACGACAUCCACAGCACCGUGACCGACCCUCAGCGGCAGACGACCAUCUUGACCGACAAACUACAAACACUUCUGAUGCUGCACAACAUCUCGACUGUUGCUGAGUCUGACAACUUCACCGUGACCUCAGCGCGUGAGUGCAUGACCUCGUGCAGUGAAGAUGACUUGUGUGUGGCCUUCACCCUGAGUGACAGUCCCGAGCCCCACAUGACAUGUACUCUCCACUCGGACUCUCUUCUUCUGUCCGUCAAACAGUCAACAGAGAAUAAUGUGUUUUUCCUCGCAUGGCAUCACAAAAGUAUCUCAAGAAUUACACAAACUAACAGUUUUCCUACAUCCUCCUUGACGAAGGACUUGUUAACAGACUGUGUCAUCGACGACGAUUGCUCCAAUGAGAACGCGAUGUGUUCUAUUGGCAGGUGCCUCUGUCUUCCUGGUUUCUUCUUCUCAUCACGUGACAACACAUGUCUGACUACAUGCAGACCACGUGACCUACAAGACACCUUCAUGGAGUAUUCUGAAAGCGAAAUUAAAGGACAUAUUCUUGCCAUUCAAGAUGGAAUAAAUCUGAAAACAUGCAAGAAACUGUGUGUCAGUACUGAUCAUUGCUUAACCUUUGACUUCAGAGACACAGGAGGGCGCUGUGUGCUUCAUGAUGUGACGUCACGUGAGGCUGUGUCAGGAUGGUUUCCUCUGACCAGUACAGGGUGGACUCACUACCAGAGAACUUGCCUGAAGUCAGCCGCCUCCUACCCGGGUCCAGCCUGGUACAACUCGUCUUGUACCCAAGACACGGACUGUCCUGACCCAUUCAGCCUCUGUUCGUUGGGCAGGUGUCUGUGUGUAAACUGGG